AUGCGGUGCCCACUGAUAUGCAACUGGGCGGUUGAGUUUCAUUUGCCGCAUCGCGUGUAUCGUCAGUUUGGUCUUUUCCAGCCUCACCCGCCGGAUUGGGUGGACACGGACAAAGCACUUCAUAGGUUGGACAGGAGAAGGCAACGGAAGAUAAAGGACUGGGACAAGCAUCAUGCUCCGUAUGUUACCCGCUUCCAGCUUUCCGUGGAGCAAGCUCGUAGCACUACACGCGCCCCGCUUCGUGAGCACAACCCACUUGCUUUUGAUAACUACGUAUGGUGGUUUAUUGGAACUACUCGAGUUGAGAUAUGCCCGUCGGCAUAUAAUGAGGAUAUUCUUGAAGAACCCAUAAACUUUGAGGAUCUAGCAAAGGGGAAGUACAACAGAGAUGUCAGGCGAGGGCAAGGAGUCCCUGCUGUUCCGGUGAUUAACUAUGUGGUAAAUUGUUCCCUUCUUUACUUUCCCGUUGACCGUAUUACACAUGUUUGA